AUGACCUUUCGAUCGCUCACGCAAGUCACAUUACCAUUGGAAAGUCUACGUGAACUCGAAGACUCCAUUCAACUGGAUCAGGAUGUGCUGAGUGAUGUGAAGGCAGCGAUGGUGGAGCUUUCAGCUCGGAUCCAACAUCGUACGAGCAUACUUGCGUCCAUGUUGCAAGAUGUAUCUGGCGGCACACAGCGGCUACAUGAGGGAUGUAAAGUCCUUGAGAGUCGUGUUGAUCAGAUGGCAGGGAUGAUCCAAGAACAGCAACUUUGCUUGGAGCAACUCCGAGAGCAAACUGUUGGAGAGAUACGUAUGGUGCAGCAGAGGUUGGAGGCGCAGAGUAGUAUAAGUGACUCUCUCAGUUCCCGGGUACAGCAGCUGGAGGGCACAACAACAUUACAAGCUGAGGCGAUUGCGGCAGCCAAGUUUGAGCAGCUGCAUGGCAAAUUCGAACAGUUGGCUGAACAUCUGGACAGACGUGUGAAUUCACUUGAGGACCAGAUGCAGAGAGCACAGCUUGUAUCUUCACAUCUGCAAACAUCGCUUGAAAGGGCAGUUAAAGAUGCUGAAGAAUCUGGACAAGAGACUGAUUUGGUUUCGAGAAUCCAGACGCAUAUGGUGGAAACGUUACAGAGGACAGAAGCUUUAAGCAGUCAUGUGGAGAGCGAGUUACGUUUGCUUCAUGAGAGAGUGGGAGAGGUGGCUGAAAAGGCCGUUGUCGACUCUCAAACGUGUGAGCAGCGGACCCGCCAGAUCGAGUCAUGCCUGGAGCAAAUCCGGGAGGAGAUCCAUGAGUGUGGAAGUAAGGAAAGUGGACCGGUGAUACAUGAGAUGUCACCAGAUCAACAGGGUCAAUCCGAUCCUGCUCAGGCAGAAGAAGACUGGUGGUGCGGUGGAAAUGAGAAUGCUUGGACAGAGUGGAAUGAACAAACGGAGGCAAAUCCGGAAAAUCCAUGGAAUUGGAGUUGGUCGGCACCUCCAGGGCUUCCACCAGAGUUCAUGCGCGCGCCACCUGUAGCAGAUGAAUCUGUUCCUCAUGGGCGUUGGAAGUUGCUUCUUGAUGUACCUGCGUUUACAGUAGGAGGUGGUGAGGCCUGGGAGUGCAACAUGCGGUUGCAGACAUGGUGGAAACAGCUGGAAACGGUGGCAUCCACAGUUAGCCCCAGGUUUGGCACUUUUGUCCAUGAGCAGUAUACACUUGCAGAAAAGCGACAUCGACGACGCCUUGAGGGUUUUUUUGAUGACCAAGAGCUUGAGAAAAUCAGUUCAGAUUGCCAGGAGUAUGAAAAUCGCUUGACGCUUACUUUGAUUCGAUGCCUGCCGACAGAACUGAAACAGCCUGUCCUUGAGAAGACUGGCCAACAGCAGCUGCGCAGCAUCCAUCUGAUAGAAUGCGUCUUGCAGGAACAGAUGCCGGGCGGACAGCAGGAGAUGAAGAGUAUUCAAGCUUUUGUCAGGCAUCUGGAUCCAGCUCAUACCGCCAAAGAGGGUUUGGAGACACUUAGGCGAUGGAAACUGGCACGCACCCGAGCACGAGAUCUACAACUUCCAGCUGUGGCACCGUUUGAAGAAAUUCAGGCGCUGAGCUCUCUCAUCAAGACCCUGGAGCGAAAGUCUGAGGCCUUCAGGACGUUGAUGGGUUUACUCAGGGUUCAGCCGGAUGUCUUGCGUCCUUCAGCUCAGGGAGUGGAGUCUAUGAUUCGUCUGAUUGAACAGCAGCUACAAAUCCUAAGUGCAGAUGAGACAAUCAAGUACAAUCGUCAAGCUGGACAAACCGAUGCAAGCAUUGCAGCAAAGGGUAAAGGAAAAGGAAAGGACAAGGAUGGCAAAGGAAAAGGAAAGGACAAGAAUGGAAAAGGAAAAGGAAAGGACAAGGAUGGCAAAGGAAAGAGCAAGGACACGAAGCCUGAUGAUACCACAAAGCGCAGCAACAAACCUUGUCGAUUCUACUUCACCCCUGCUGGAUGCUAUCGCAAGCAUUGCACUUUCAGUCAUGACGAGAAGUUCCGAAAGGAGAUGGAAGCAUCGGCAGCAGCGGCAGCAGCAGCACCCCCCAGAGAACCAUUAGUAGGAACAGAAAAUUCCAGCAGUGGGAAUGCGGCAGCCGCAGCCAGUAAACCCAACGGCAAACCAAAAGGCAAAGCAAAAGCAUCAGCAGUGAAGGCAUUUGCUUUCAUGGCACAAUGUUACGAACCACUUGAAGAGCCAGAGCCGGGAGGCUUGCAUCAUGCACCAUUGGAUGAUCUUUGGCUUCUGCGGUUGAAUCCAGAGGAGUAUCUGCAGUGGCGACAGCAACUGUCUCCAAAUUGGGUGCGUGCGCAUGCCAGUCGCAGUUUCGUACGGAUCACAACACCCAAUAGCAUUGCAGAGUGUAUCGUGCUGGCAGCCUCGGAAUUUGAGAAUGAACUUCCUACAGAGGACAUCGAGAUCUCUGCAACACAGAGGCUGAUACGGCUAGAAAGAGUGUUUGUGAGAUGCGCGGAUGGAGCCGCGCGUGCGGCAUACAUGGGGUGGGCUAUUGAUCUCGAGACUGAGAAUGAAGUGUUUGCGGUGGCACUGACCUCGGCAUCAAGGUGUCCUCAGCAGCGUCCGGAAGUCAGAUGGGGACAAUUCAAAAUUCCUCCCCGUGCAGCAUACACUCCGUUGCAGCUUGCAGAUGGACAAGAGGUUGAAGCAUGGAGAAACAGAGAUGGGGAAAUUCUCAUCCGCGGAGGCCCUGAGAGCAGUUCCACAAUUUGUGGAAUAUGCAAGUUGAUCCGCAUCGGCUGUGCUUUCCUCUGGGAAGAGCAUGGGGCAUGGCUACGAUUUCCAAAGGAGCUUGGAUCCACAUGGUAUGAACUGGAAGUGAUUGCAGGACUGCCAUACCUGGAAUGGGAAACCUAUAAGCAGCUUCGUCCCUUGAUUACCCAGAAGUGGAAGUCAGUGAGAACUACAUGCAGGGCAACCACAGUAGAAGAGAAUUCUCAGAGUGAGGGCCAGCAGUCAGAAGCCAUGAAAAUCCAGAUCGCGAACCCGAUGGAUCAGAUUCGCAUUGAGGCGGAGUGCUCUGAAGAAUCCAAGGCUAUGGUGAUUGAUGAGGUGACCCAGGCAGGAGAACAGCAAGCAGCGGAACUGUUAGCCAAGGGUGACAGUCACAUCACAUGCAGUACGGUGCUCAGACUCAUUGAGAAGAUCAACUUGCCCCUGCAGCGACACAGGAGGAGCAACGCUGAUAGUGAGGACGCAUCUGGAGGGGUUAUUCCUAUGUGGACCCUUGGACUGUGGACUCACGGACAGAAGAGGGGUCUCUCCAGAAUGUGUAUGCAAAGGCCGAUGCUCACGAAGGUAUUGUGUAAGUUGAUGAACAAGAUAGCGCCUGGAGUACAGUUCACAACGAUCGUGCUCGCACGAAAUGUAACCUUCAAGCCGCAUCGAGACAGUCAGAAUCAGAAAGGGAGCAAGAACACCAUCGUUUGCUUGAACAGCAGUCUGCAGUGCAAAGGAGGAGAGCUUUGGGUGCAGAGCAAGGAUGGGAAUGAUGUUCGAGAAGUUCGUCCAGGCCUGGAAGUUGCCGGAGAAGCCCAUGACAUUUGUCGCAAACCAUUCACUUUCUCGCCUUUUGUGUGGCAUGGUACAUGCAGCUGGGAAGGUGUUCGCACUGUUCUGACUGCAUACACACCCCAUGGUAUGUCAAAUGCGUCAGAGGAGGAACAGACUAUGCUCAUGGAGAUGGGUUUUCCUGUGACAUCAGCAAAGCAGCAGCACUCACAGGAGGCACCGCAGCAUCAGAGCCAAAAGGCAACUUCAGUUCCAGAGCAGAGCGAAUCCUCUCUUUCCCCUCCGUCCGUGUCUGUCGAUCAGGGUUUUCAGGGAAACUCAGGUGAUGGUCAGGGAACAUUUGAGGGGGUGAUUUUUCUGGAAGUUUUCAGGGUCUAG